AGUACGCACGCCGCAUCGCAAGCACAUUGCCUCUCGACUCCUUAUCCCAGUUUAAAUGUGGAUGGUAUGAAAUUCAGACGUGUUGCCACUUUCUCGUAUUCAUUCGAUAAAUAAAUUUACUAGAAAUUAUUUGCGUUUUUUCGUUCAACAUUCCAUUCUACGAGUAGAAAUUUGGUUCAAGUUUCAGGAAUAAUGUGCAACAACAUCAAACCAAUAGCAAUGCAGAUUUGUGCAAAUUCAAUAAUUGAUACGUAAAGUAAUAUUUUUGCAAUAUGUUUGUGUAAUCAAUAAACAGAACGUUUGAUUCUUUCAUGAGGGGAGCUAAAUAGUGUGAAAAUAGGAAUAGACGUUACAUUUUAGAAUGCCAACCACAUGUCUAAUCAAUUUUGAGAACAAUGCACAAAAGAUUGUUUUCUCGGGUCAAAAGUUGCACAUAACAGUGCGACUAAAGUUGAGAGAAGAAAUAAAAGUUCGUGGAAUUUACAUUCAUUUGCGUGGAACGGCGCAUGUGCGUUUCUUCAUAAACGGAUACUACACAGCAGAUGAGGAUGUUUUGGAUUUAAGAAAGUGUUUAGUAGAUGGAAACGGUGAAAAUCAAGUUUUGCCAGUCGGAACGUAUGAUUACAGUUUCACAUGUACCUUACCGCUUGAUAUACCAUCAUCGUUUUCGGGCUCUUAUGGUCACAUAAAAUAUACUGCAAAUGUUGUUCUUCGCAUACCAUUGUGGCCGGAUAAAAAAUUCGAAGAGAAAUUUUUCGUGUUUAAGCCUGUCAAUUUGAAUGAUUUUCCAGCAAUACGAGGUCCAGUAUCUGAGAGAAAAGCACAGACAUUACGACAUUCUGGAGAAAUUUGUGUUUCAGCUCAUUUACCGUCCGGUGGAUAUGCUCAUGGUCAAAGUAUUUAUGUUCAAGUUUCAGUUAAUAACACAACUCACUAUCCAGUAUACCACUUUGCUGUAUACAUUCUGAGGCAAACCAUGUAUUUAAAGUCGACAAACAGCGAACAGGGAAAAACUGAGUAUACGGUGGUACAAAAACGGAUCUGUGGUAGUUGGAUAUGUGGAAAGCAACAAUAUAAAACUUUUCCUAUUGUUAGCAUCAAGGUACCACCAAUGAUCCCACCCACAGAUACUGAAUCGAGUAGAAUCAUCAAAAUUGGAUACGUAGUGUCGAUAAAAGGCACAGCCAGAGAUUUCAGAGAAAGCCAGAGAGUUGCCGUUUCACUUAGUUUACCAAUAACAAUUGGAACUAUACCAUUCUACGGUACCGCAACAGAAAAUCAUCCUCGAAGAACGUUACUUAGUGCUCCACCUAUUGCCUUAGCGACAGCUAUUCAUCCAACGGAACCUCCGCAAUUGGAAUCAUCAGCUCCAGUUUUUCCGGAUGACGAUACAGUGUCGGUUCGAACUUAUACCAGUACACCGCCUCCCUUCCCCGACGAUGAUGCUGGACUUCCAACCUAUCAAGAAGCUUUGUUGAUGGAUCAAGAAAUCGACAUCAAUCUACAAAGUAUUGAAGACUCAUUUGCCGAACUGUGUGUUAAAUCAACGAACCGGUAACAAUGCAAAAUCUAACUUACUCGCCCGUAUGUGUUCCAUUUUGUAUUCGUGGUUUUACAAUUUAUGUUUUGU